AUGAAAAGUUUGAGAAAACGAGAUUUGAAUGUCAAAGUCGUCCUUGAAGAUAUUUUCUCUGACUUCAAAAACAUUCAUCAGAAAUGCCGUUUAUGUUUCAAGGAAGUAUACAAUCAGGAGCCAAAAAUAUAUCUUACAAAUGAUAUGAUAAGCAGGAUGCAUGAUGUCUUUCAAGUUAACAUGUCAUUAGAUGGAACAGGAUCAGAAUUUGUGUGCUCAAAAUGUGAAAACAAUUUAAAUAUUCUUUAUCAGUUCAGGGUACAAAUGAAGGGAAAACAAAAGUGUUAUGAAAAGUUCAGAAGUAUGAAAAUUGACGACACUGAUGAGAGACUUGCGAGCAUACACGAGAAUUCGAUCAAAAUUGAAGUUGAAGAAGCAACUUGUCAACUGGAAGAUGAAAAUCAAAUUCUCAAGUCCCAAGUUAUUAAUAAGAAAAGUCAACAGCUUUUUCCUUGCGAUGUUUGUGGAAAGAAAUUUAAAAAUGUUGUUGGAGUCCAGCGGCAUUGCAGGAGAGAACAUUCAAACAGUCGAUAUGGAGCUGCUUUGCCUACGAAUAAGCGUAAAGAACAUAAAUCAAAGAAUUUUCAAUGUCAAAUUUGUAAAAAAAAUUUCUACCAUAAGAAAAAAUUAAACAGUCACAUAUAUAACUGUCGUGAAGAUAGAAAAAAAAUUUCAUGCACAUCAUGCAAAAGACCAUUCCAGUCUGAACGAAACCUGAAAGUUCAUUUUUGUUCUUAUUCCAAAUUUGUUUGCGAUACAUGUGGUAAAAGAUUCAACAACCGACACAGUCUUACUGAACAUAUAGACACGCACAGAAAAUAUAGAACAAGAGACUAUCAUUGCGAUAUUUGUAAAACUUCUUACUAUAACAAAGCUGGGUUUCGAUUACAUAUAUCAAGAUGUCAUGAAGAAAGAAAGUUUUCAUGUGUAUCGUGUAGAAAGACAUUCAAGUUGGAACGAACAUUGAAAUCUCAUGUGUGCAAUAAUUCCACAUUUGUCUGCGAUAUUUGUGGUAAAAGUUUCCAUCGUCGAGGGGAAGUCUUCGAUCACAUGAUCAAGCAUAGGAAAUAUAAGACAAGAGACUAUCAGUGUUUCAUUUGUGAAAAUUCCUAUCCUCGUAAGAAAUCAUUAAAUUCACAUCUAUUUCAAUGUCAUGAAAUUAAAAAGUUUUUCUGCUAUUUAUGCAAAAAAGCUUUCAAGUCAGAACGAAAGCUUAAAUCUCAUAAUUGUGGUAAAUACACAUUUGUUUGUGACUUUUGUGGUAAAAGAAUUCAAAAAAAAAUUAACGUUGCUUUGCAUAUGAAUAGGCAUAGAAAACAUAGAUCAAAAGAUUUUCAAUGUCACAUUUGUAAAUCUUCUUACCUCCAUAAGGUCACAUUACAACAUCAUAUAAUUAAAAUUCAUGACGAUAAAAAAAUUUGCUGCACAUCAUGUAAACAAGUUUUCAUGUCAGAAGAAAGUCUUAAAGCUCAUGAUUGUUGUUAUUUCAAAUUUGUUUGCGAUAUUUGUGGUAAAAGAUUCAACAACCGAUACUGUCUUGCUGCUCACAUAGAAACGCACAGAAAAUAUAGAACAAAAGAUUAUCAUUGCGAUAUCUGUAAAACUUCUUUCUAUAAUCAAGCUGGGUUUCGAUUACAUAGAUCAAAAUAUCACGAAGAAAGAAAAUUUUCAUGUGUAUCAUGUAGAAAAACAUUCAAAUUGGAACGAAAAUUGAAAUCUCACAUUUGUAGUAUUCCCAAAUUUGUUUGCGAUAUUUGUGGUAAAAGAUUCAACAACCGACACAGUCUUACUGAACAUAUAGACACGCACAGAAAAUAUAGAACAAGAGACUAUCAUUGCGAUAUUUGUAAAACUUCUUACUAUAACCAAGCUGGGUUUCGAUUACAUAUAUCAAGAUAUCAUGAAGAAAGAAAGUUUUCAUGUGCAUCGUGUAGAAAGAUAUUCAUGUUCGAAAAAAACUUGAAAUCUCAUAAUUGUAGUAAUUCCACAUUUGUCUGCGAUAUUUGUGGUAAAAGUUUCCAUCGUCGAGGGGAAGUCAUCAAUCACAUGAUCAAGCAUAGGAAAUAUAAGACAAGAGACUAUCAGUGUUUCAUUUGUGAAAAUUCCUAUACUCGUAAGCAAUCAUUAAAUCUACAUCUAUUUCAAAGUCAUGAAAAUAAAAAGUUUUUCUGCUAUUUUUGCAAAAAAGCUUUCAAGUCAGAACGAAAGCUUAAAUCUCAUAUUUGUGGUAAUUCCACAUUUGUUUGUGACUUUUGUGGUAAAAGAAUUCAAAAAAAAAUUAACGUUGCUUUGCAUAUGAAUAAGCAUAAAAAACAUAGAUCAAAAGAUUUUCAAUGUCACAUUUGUAAAUCUUCUUACCUCCAUAAAGUCACAUUGCAACGUCAUAUAAUUAAAAUUCAUGACGAUACAAAAUUUUGCUGCACAUCAUGUAAGCAAGUUUUCAUGUCAGAAGAAAGUCUAAAAUCUCAUGAUUGUUGUUAUUUCAAAUUUGUUUGCGAUAUUUGUGGUAAAAGAAGCCACAACCGAAACAGUCUUGCUAGACAUAUAGACACGCACAGAAAAUAUAGAACAAAAGACUAUCAUUGCGAUAUUUGUAAAACUUCUUUCUUUAAUAAAUUUGGGUUACACAGACAUGUAUCAGAAUUUCACGAAGAAAGAAAGUUUUCAUGUGCAUCAUGCCGAAAAUCAUUCACGUUGGAACGAUCAUUGAAAUCUCAUGUUUGCAGUACCACAUUUGUUUGUGAUGCUUGUGAUAAAAGAUUCUACAGUCGAUCUAAACUUACUAACCAUAUAGAUAUGCACAGAAAAUAUAGAACAAGAGAUUAUCAUUGCGAUAUUUGUAAAACUUCUUACUAUAACAAAGCUGGGUUACAAACUCAUGUGUCAAAAUAUCAUGAAGAAAGAAAGUUUUCAUGUACAUCAUGCCGAAAGACAUUCAAAUUGGAACAUUACUUGAAAUCUCAUAAUUGCAGUAUCUAG